GCGGGAGCCGCCAUGGAGCCGCUCCGGCCUUGGCUCGUCCCGUUCCUGCUGCCCGAGCACUGCUUCGACCGAUUCUUCCUCCACUUCCAGCUGCUCGAUGUUCCGUGCCUAAAAAUCCUCCUGAGCAAAGUUCUGGGCUAUGGAAUCGUGGCAGGAUCCGUCCUGGUGAAGGUGCCCCAGCUGCUGAAGGUUUGGGGGUCCCGCAGUGGCGGGGGGCUCAGCCUCCCCUCGGUGCUGCUGGAGCUGCUGGCCCUGGGGGGCUCCGUGGGCUACGGCUGCGCCAGGGGCUUCCCCUUCAGCGCCUGGGGGGAGUCGCUCUUCCUCCUCCUGCAGACCCUCACCCUCCUCUUCCUCAUCCUGCACUUCGGGGGCCGCACGGGCCGAGGGCUGGCGCUCGUGGCCGUUUUUGGGGCGUUUUUGGGGAUUUUGGUGUCACCUCUGACCCCGCUGAGCUUCGUCACCACCCUGCAGGCCCUGAACCUGCCCAUCAUCAUCCUCAGCAGGCUGAUCCAGAUCGUCACCAACGCCCGGCAGGGCCACACGGGGCAGCUCUCGGGGGUCUCCACGGGGCUCCUCUUUGGGGGGGCCCUGGCUCGGAUCUUCACCUCCCUCACGGUGAGACCCCUCCCCAAAAAACACCCCAAAAUCCCAAAA